CAGACUCGACUGGAUUGUCAUUCUAUGCACUGGCCAUUUAUUCUUUACUAUCAAUAGCGCUAACUGUUUCUAUCUCUUUAUCUGUCAUAUCAUUACUCUUGCUAUCAGUAACGGAAUAUCAGAUACUAUCAAGCGAUGCGCCGGUCUUGAGACAAUUGACGCCGAUAUAAAACAAGAACAACUCAAAUUUCGCGAUUUCGAUGAACACGUCGACAUGCGCAUUCAAGCCUCCUUUUCCUGGGUUUCCUACCGCCUCCACUGUCGACUCCUUGUGCACUGUUCAGUCAUCGUCACUGUGCGCACCAUUGUGCAACAAAGCGAGGCAUCAAGUUCUACAACCCCUUUUUGUAUGAUGUCAAAGGGUGUCUCAAGUUCUGCAUCUUUGCUAUACAUCGUCCCUGGCCCCUGUAUAUGCGAUGCAUGCAGCUUGAUCUUUGCAUCUGACCCAGCAGCUUAUUAUCCUGAGACCGACCGUCACAAAUCGUACUCACAAGCUUACGAUCGAUACAGUACGGAGUACGAUAGAAACGAUUAGAAUCUACGGCUCGUUUCCUCUCACGAGUGCUCUGGACCUAGCCCCAUCCUCCUCACAAAGCAACACUUCCGCCUCCACAACAGCCAGCG